CCGUCUUCCGCUUCCGGUGAGCUUUUCUGCUCUUCGGCCUGAGGAGAGUGGACGAAGAGCUAGGCCGCGGUCUCCGCCGCCGCCUUUGGCCGGGUGUUGGCUCGUUUCCUUGGCGGGCCCUGGCUUGGCUCUUCGGGGAGAUGCCUUUGCUGGUGGACGGGCAGCGGGUGGAGCCCUCGCAGCGGCCCCGGGCCUUGGCCUUCGCUCACCGGGGGCUGGAGGAGCAAGCCAGGCGUCUCCGAAGCCAACCCGCUCGCCUGGUGGGCCCCAAAGGGCUCCUCUACGUCCAGCAGAGAGAGUUUGCAGCCACCACUCCUCGGGAUGGUUCUGUUUCCAUCCUUGGAUCCGAUGAUGCAACUACCUGCCACAUAGUAGUAAUCAGGCACACAGGUAGUGGAGCGACGUGCCUGACGCAUUGCGAUGGGUCAGAUACAGAAAUGGAAGUCCUGUUAAUGAUGAAUGCAAUCAAAAUGCUUUCUUCUAACACAGAAUGUGGAAGGUUGGAGGUACACCUGGUUGGAGGGUUCAAUGACGAUAGGCAUUUAUCCCAGCAACUUACCAACCAGCUUCUUAGAGCCUUUGACAGCUUGCAGGACAGCAUCCAUUUAGUGACUUUCUGUGUGACAGAUUUAAAUGACCGGCAGGAAAAAGGCAACCACUUUCCGUUUUUAUAUGGAAUUGCUGUAAACGUUAAAACUGGAGAAGUCUUCCACGCCACAUUUCCAGACAGAGGACCUGCUGAGGAUUUGCGUUCCGCCAGUAUAUUGACAGGAGCCAAGAUGGUUAACAUUUAUGACUCGAGGAAGGAAGAGCUUCGCAUUGGGCCUUAUUUCUGGAUGCCUUUCCCCCAUGUCGAUUUCUGGCUACAACAGGACGACGAGCACAUAUUGCAGAAUCUUUCCACUUCGCCGCUCGCCGAACCCCCUCAUUUCGUUUCCCACAUCCGGGCCACUCUCGUGUACUUAAAAGAGCAUCCUUUUCCCGACAAGACCCUCUUCCCUAACAGGAGACCCUGGAUCUACAGGAAGAACAGCGAUGGCCUAUGGGAGAGGGUCUCUGCGGAUCAGAUCUAGACGACGACUCAAAGACUCGAAGCCGAGAGAACCCCCCGAGUGCGGUCGUGCCAAAGAAGUGGGCGUCCUCCGAGCUUCACUUUAGGAACAGCUCCAUCAAACCGUAGUUCCAGUAUCAUCAAAAGCGGAAUCUCAACAUAUAUUUACCGAAUUAAGAUUGCUGAAGAUAGACAAUUUGUGACGACUUCCAAGUGUUCCUGCGCUGCAACGUCUACCAGACGGGAGCCUAUCGGUCGUGUUUGUUUAUAUUAUUUGCUCUACAACUUCCAGGAUGUCUUUGCAACUGUGGAUUUGUGUUGGAUGCAGUCUUUAAAAGGUAUCUUUUGCACAUUGCACAUGGUGCCCAGGAAUGCUCAAUGCCGAUGCCGUCUUCCAAGCUUUCUCUGGAAGAAUCAAACUUGGAUCUCAUCCUGUGUCCAUCCUGAGUGGAGUGUCCACAACAUCAUUUUUUUCCCAGAAGCAAGCAUUCUCAAUCUCUCAUUGUUCAGGAUGAAGUGCUUUUUUAAUCGAGUCGUGUCCCGCAGCAAGAAAGUCUUCCCUCUGGAGCCCGUGCUGAAUUAUUUUAGGUAAUGAAUUUUCCCCUGAUCUUGGGGUCGAGAAGUUAGCAGUCAUGACCACCACCUUCACAGAUAUUUCUUAUUUUAUAAUACACUCACUGUGCCCGGUCACGAGUUGCUGUGGCGAAAUGUGGUGGUAUGGGAAAUAAAGUAUUGAGGAAUUGGUGGUAGUUAGUAUAUGUUAUUUCCUAAAGCUUGUGGAUAUACAAUAUUUCUGGUUGUUCCUUUUUUGUCUGUUGCCUUCUCCCUGAGGGAAUUUUUUUUAUGUUGGGAGGUGUUAGCUGGCCCUGAUUGUUUCAUGUCUGGAAUUCCCGUUUCCAGAGUGUUGCUCUUUAUUUACUGUCCCGAUUUAAGAGAUUACAUUGUUCUGUUUUAUUAUCCCACAGUAAUUUUUAUAUAUUACAGUAGAGUCUCACUUAUCCAAGCUAAACGGGCCGGCAGAAGCUUGGAUAAGCGAAUAUCUUGGAUAAUAAGGAGGGAUUAAGGAAAAGCCUAUUAAACAUCAAAUUAGGUUAUGAUUUUACAAAUGAAGCACCAAAACAUCAUGUUAUACAACAAAUUUGACAGAAAAAGUAGUUCGAUACACAGUAAUGCUAUGUAGUAAUUACUGUAUUUACAAAUUUAGCACCAAAAUAUCAUGAUAUAUUGAAAACAUUACUACAAAAAUGCGUUGGAUAAUUCAGAAUGUUGGAUAAGUGAGACUGUACUGUAUUUAUUUACAUCAUUUUUAUCCCGCCUUUCUUCCCAGGGGGACUCAUUACAUUUAUAUUCUUAUUUUAUUUGCUUUGAACUGGAUUAUAUGAAGUUCCUUCUACACAGCUGUAUAAAAUUCACACUGAACUGGAUUAUAUGGCAGUGUGGAGUCAAGAUUAAUUCAGUUCAAAGCAGAUACUGUGGAUUAUCUGCUUUGGCAUUCUGGGUUAUAUAGGUGUGUGGAAGGCCCUUGAAUCUACACUGCCAUAUUCAUUCCAGUUCAAAUUAGAUAAUCUGUAUUUUAUAGGCAGUGUGGAAGAGGCCUAAGUGAACUCUGCCUGUCCACAGAAGCUAUUAUACAAAGGAGGGGGGCUAAAGGGGGCAGCCCUUCUGACUGGCAGCCCGGGGGAGAACGGCUCUUCCUCAUCCUCUGUAAUUUGAUCUCUAUUUUUUUAGGUUUUUUAGUUGAAAGACAUAGAUUGGACGACUACGUCUUUGGUGCCCAAAUGUGGUGUGAUUUGGUUCAGUGAUUUUGUUUUUUACUCCAUGGGAAAAACGCACAUUACAUUUUUAUAUAUAUAUAGGGAUUAUUUGAAUGUGAAACAGCUCUGCAUGUGAAGAAAACGUUUUGUUUGUAACCUCAGCGGCAUGUCCGUGAAUACAUGUGCAGAUGUGUAUACUUUGGGGUUUUUACCUCCUUGCUGUUGGCUAUGAGUUCUGUGUAAGCCAAGACUAUGCAAAUGCCUGUAUCUUUACCUGGGUCCAGCAAAGAUAAUCAUGAUCUAAAGUUCUGAACCGGA